UCAUCAGCUAGAGUUAUCCCGCAAGUUGCCUGAGCAGAGUGACAAUUAAAAUACAAGUUUGUGAAAAUAUAUGAUCAAACCAGAGCUGCCAACAAAUUUUCCCGGACUCUAUAGAAUUGUUUAAUAUCACACACAAAAAACUGUGUACUCUAUCGAUGGAGAUCGAUCAACAACAUGAAAAACUCGUUCGGCCCACCGUCUAUACUGUGAGAUAGCAACUUCGCUGAGUGUACUGUGCCUUAAGACGAACUCUGACGUUUACAUUUAGUCGCAUACAAUUGGCUGACUGACUUCCGCAUGUUAUUUUUUGCAGGGCAACAUGGCUUCAGAGCCAUGGAACAGGGUAAACAUUGCAUUUCCCAGUGCCGUUUCUGUUGUCCGAAUACCGUUCAGUUCAUCUACAGAAGCAAGUGUUAAAGCUCUGUUGGCGGAAAAUGAGGAGGUCCGUAAGCUUGUUGGGAGUGAGACCCUUCAAACGGAAAUACGAGUUCUCUACGAGCUGUUGUACACAAGGAACAACAGCCAGAGACGCAACAAGACGUUCAGCGCCUUAAAGCAGGUUGAACAGUGCAUUAACAAGCUGAAAUGCAUGAAGCUUGAUGCUGCUCUCCAGGAGCUGACAGAGAUUUGUCCCAACAGAAUUCAAAGAAAACUGAGCAUGGAGGCUGGUGAGUGUGACAUCCCCAGUCAAGCAAUGCUGGAGUGGCUCUGUCUCAAAGUACUGGGAGGCGCCCAGCUAAUGAGCUGCACAUUAAGACGCUGCAGCAGAGCGUUUUUACUUUCCAGGCAGCAUAUGAACGUGGGGCAGUUUAUUGUCUUGAAUAUGGUGAUAACCAGCAUGCUCAGUCGUCUCUGGGUGAUUGCCCGUGGUAUCCUGGUCAGCCUGUCCACUUUGUAUCAGCAGCUCCUGGAGCUCCUUAGAGAAGUAGCCAAAGCCCAUCCCAUGCCCUUCCUCACAGACUUCUCCCUGCCAGCAGAUAUGGCUCAGUUCCUGGGUCCUUCUGAUGCAUAUGUACUGCCCAAAAAAACAGCACACGGUCCCCAUGCCAAAGACCACAAGGAGAAGCAGCAGCAGGGGAAGAGGAAGAAACUUCCUGUGAAGGUCAAAAAACAAGGAGAGACAAGGAAGGUUAAAGAAGAUCUGGGUGUCGCUGUUGACAGAGGUGUUAUAAGUCUCGACAUUGACAUGAAGCCUUUUCUCAAGGUUGUCAGGAACUUUACCAAGGGCAAAUCCGUCGCACAGAGAACACACAAGCUGGACAAGAUACAGAAGUUCAAGAAACAAGUGAGAGAGGCUGCUUCUUUCAAAGACAUGGCAACCCAUCUGGAUGAGAUGAUUCCAUGGUGUAAAUCCCAGAAGAUGAACAGGGAAAGACAUCGUUUAACCUUCCUGCGUUUAAAGUGCCAGAGGCUGAAAUGCCUGGAGGCAGAGGGUUACAAUGUCCAGAGGAAGCUGCCAACCUUCAGAUGGGAAGUUUGCUGGGCUUCAUCUCCUCAAGGACCAAUGCCAAGAAGUUGUCGGUCUUCCGCCGCGAUGGGUAAACGUGCUGGCCUGAGAACUUGUUUGCAGUCACUCAGGAGUCGAUUUAAGUCCUAAAUGAGUCAGAACUGGUGCGAAAAAGAAACAGGUGGAGAGACAAAGGUCUUCUGCCGCGAUGGGUAAACAGUGAUACAUGAAUAAAACUUUCAUGGCUGAAACCUU